AUGAAAUCUAGGUUACCGACUGCCGAAGAAUUCCAGGACUGGAUAUCCGAAGACGUUCUUCCAUCCAUCCGGAAAACUGGGAAAUAUGUGAUACCUGGUGCCAUGAAAGCUAUCGAUAACAUAAGGGUUGAAGAAUUAUGUGAACUUACAGAGGAUGAUAAAAAGGAAGCACGAAAAAAACUUGUAAACACAAGCGAUAAACUUAAAGAUCCAGAAAAAGUCAGACUCGGAAGGAAGGGAGGACUAGUCACACAGGAAAAAAUUAGGGAGACCAAAGAGGAACUGGAGAAAAAAGAGGACGAAAUCAUAAAACUUAAGAUUGAAGUGUCAUAUCUGAAAGGUAAAUUAGAUGGACUCGAAGUAGAAUAAAAUAAUAAAAUUUUUUUAUUUCUUUUUCCACAAGAAAUAAAAGAGAGAAUGUCCGAUACCAAAAAAGAAUUCGUUCAGGAUCUGUACGACGCUGCACUUUUAACGUCUGGAGUCGUUGGAAUUUCGUAUGCGGCGAAAACAAUUGCGGGAAAAAGUUUAGGUGCACCGAUGACGUUAGAAGGUGCGAUGAAACUCGGUGUGGCCGUGGCGGGAAGUUCCGUGGUCAUCGCGUAUCUUAAAGACAAAGGUUACGUUCCAAAAACAAUCGGUCAAUAAAUGACAACCAAUCUAGUAGUCGAUGGAUUAUUCAAUGCGGUCGCUUUUGCAGGCGCGGGAUUCUUAUUUUCCCAUUUGAAUCAAAACGGAUACAAGAAAGAAGUCAAAAGACAUAAUCAUGCGCUGGAAGAAUUAGCGGCGGCGAAAGAAAAAUUUUACGAAUCCGAA